CCCCUCCCCCUCUCUCACUCUCAUUUUCUCAAGCUUCCUUUGGAUUUCAUCUCGUCAUCUGCACCGAGCUUCCCUAGGUUGUUGAAUCAAUGGUUAUGCGACGGAGCGGGUUGUAGAAUUGCACUGCAGUAGAAGCGACGCGACGCGACGCGAAGAAUCAAGGCAUUCUGCGCUUGCUUGUGUUGCAGAGAUGUUUUGUAUCUUGGAAUUGAAUUGUUGGAGCGUGGUGUACUUCAGAUCCUGUUACACGCUGGAGCGUUUUGUUUAGUUUAGUUUAGUGUUCAUUUGGUUUUUUUAUUUAUCAAGGAUCUAGCGCAUCCAAUCGCGAACCGUAUAUAUUUCGCGGCCAUGAGCUGCCGAGCAGCUUGGACUUGGGCUCUUCUGUUGUAGCUUGCUCGUGGUAACUGGCUUCUCCGCGAGAGCGUUAGGCGGAAGAGAAUGUUUCGUGUAGCAUUGAACUUGUAGAAUGCCGCAUUACGUGAAGGCGGUCCUGUCAUUCGCAGUGGUGUGUGUGUUGAAAUCCGCAGUGAAAGGUCAGUUAGGAGGCGGAUUCUGGUGAAUUUUGCGACGUUGUGGUUCAUCGCAUGUACCUUGGGAGUGAUCAUCGUCUUAUUCAUCUUGAAAGACUCAUAGUUUACAGUCGACGAUGCGUGCAGUCACCUCAUCAUCCGGACUGUAACGACGCUUUCCUAGUUCUGAGGUACAGGAGAUUUCCUUUCAAAUUGAAGCAAACGCUACCGAAGCCUGAGGGUCUGGUUUAGUGCGGGAUGCGUGCUGUGUUGAUCUGGUAGUGCUAGAUCGCUGUCGGCGAACUUUUGAAGCGCACUCAACGUUCAAGCCUGCUGAAGUGCUUGCAGUUCUGGUUUUCGUGCAGUUUGUUACCUUCCGGGAAAGUGUGUUACCUGGCGCUUGGAGGACGAGGAACAUCACAUCGAUCUCAGUGCAGGUACCCAGGACACAGCAGGGAAGGUUCCAAUUCCAGAAACAUGAGAAUUGCGGAGAUUAUUGGUGUCACCACGAGGUGACUGAUUGUGAACCAUGACCUGCCCUCAGUUCGGACUUCGCAAAUCGGAGUGCACCAGGAUUUACUCCCCGUCGCUCAAGUUUUUGGAUCGGGUACCGUUGUUUGACAGGAUCAUCACAGCUUGGGGCAGUCGUUGUGUUUACAAUGAAGCCUUGGGAGAACGACACGCCUCAUUCUUCUCUGUUCACCACAGCAAUCUUUCGACGAACAAGAGUUCUGGCCCAUGUUCUAAAUAUAUGCAUACGCGGAACUUAGAGCGAAAUGUAAAUUGGCUGUGAAACGGGCAGCUUAUCCACUAAGAAAAUUGCGUGUGUUAAAAGAUAACUGCGAGUGAGCGACCUUCGGUAAUCCGACAGGGUGCAAUUUUUUUUAUAUUGAUUAUGUCAGGAAGCACAAAGAUGUCGCGGGUGUCGAGUCGGCGGUCUAGCACAGCGGCGUACUUCUACACGGAGCACAAGUACCGGCUAAUGAAAACUCUCGGCAUUGGCGCCUUCAGCAAAGUGAAGCUGGCCGUGCACAUGCCCACGGGCCAGAAGGUGGCCAUCAAAAUUAUGAAUCGCCACAAGAUGCGGGAUAUGGAGGAGAAGGUGAGGCGGGAGUUGAUGGUGAUGAAGCUGGUUGCUCACCCGCAUGUGGUGCGAUUGUACGAGGUUAUCGAAACUCCCACCGAAAUCUGCAUGGUUAUGGAGUACGUAGAGUCCGGCGACUUGUUCGAUUACAUCGUCCUUAAUGGCCGCCUCUCAGAAGAUGAAUCCCGCCACUUUUUCCAGCAGAUUAUUGCAGGAGUGGACUACUGCCAUACAAACCGUGUCGUGCACCGUGACCUAAAACCUGAGAACCUCUUACUGGACCAAGAACGCAGCUCGAUUAAGAUUGCCGACUUCGGACUUAGCAAUAUUAUGCGCGAUGGGCAGUUUCUCAAGUCGAGCUGCGGAAGUCCUAAUUAUGCCGCUCCUGAGGUUAUCCAGCGACAUUGGUACGCCGGGCCCGAGGUUGACGUUUGGAGUUGUGGGGUUAUCCUGUACGCUAUGCUUUGCGGUGUCUUGCCCUUUGACGACGAAAACAUCUCCAGUCUCUACCGUAAAAUCAUUGACUGUAUGUACAUGUUGCCCAGCCAUUUGUCCGUGGAGGCACGGGAUCUGAUCACAAGCAUGCUCAAGGCUGAUCCGUUGCAACGGAUCACAAUCGCCGAGAUUCGUCGACAUCCCUUCUUCCAACUCAAGCUUCCCAGUUAUAUUGCUCUACCUCCCGCCGAAACUGCUCAUCAAGUGAAGAGGAUCGACGAGGCGCUGAUUCUGAGAGUGGAGAAAAUGGGAUUCAAUCGCGAGGCUCUUGUUCAUUCCUUGAUAUGGGAGGAGCAAACCAAGGCUACGGUGGCAUAUUUCCUGCUUUUGGACAGUCAGGAGAAGCAAGGACCUAAUGAAUACCUCGAAGGGCAAUUCAAUGACCUGGAAGUGUCCACCCCAGCGAUCGACACUGGUGAUCGAAACCAGAACCACGGCAAUGGCGGCUACCGUCAGUCAGGUAGAAAGCAAUCGGAGAGCGUAAACAUACCCAGGGUUCACAAUGCGGAUCACCAUGGCUACCGCCCUGAGUCUUCAUAUUCCAACCAAAUGUCCGAAAGUGUGGAGCAGUCUCGAGGAACCAGUACUCCAAGGAGUGUGCCCAUGUCACCGAUGUCACCCUUCGAAUUCUCUCCCGUGCUUGAAUCCACGCACAUGAAGGCCAUGGUACAGAAGCACGGCCCCAUGCCCGUCCCCAUCAUCAGGGUCAUGCCUCAGGGCAAUUGGGUCCUAGGCUUCACGAUCGAUUUCCCUCCACACUUGCUCAUGCGGGAGGUCUUGAAGAUUCUGCAGCAUUUGGAAGUGAGCUGGAAAAUUGUGGGCGCAUACUAUGUCAAAUGUGUUUGGGCCCCUCCGCUCCCCAAUCUGGGUUUUGGUUCUCUUCCUGGUGAGAUUGGUCUGUACGACAACCUCGCGUGUACGGCUGCUGCUCUUCGAUCUCCGAUCAAGUUUGAAGCUCAGCUGUUCAAAGUGCCGGAAGGAAUGCUGCUAGACUUCCACUACAUGGAAGGGCCGUCGUUUGUGUUCCUCGAUCUUUGUGCGUCGUUUCUAGCAGCCAUAUGGACCUCCUGAGUUCGUUUGAUUCCAAUCCCAGUUCUGCAGUGUUGACCUAUAAAGCCACAAUUGAAGAAAAAGAGCAUUGUCUCUUCUUAAAAAAUCCAGCUAUGAGAGUACCUUUCAGGAGCCAUGAGCUGCACCAACAGCAUGUUUUCUGCAUAGUGUUGCUAUGUAUUUAUCUAAUCAAAGCAGUAUGUCUGUCAGGCAGAUAAGACUGACCACAACCAUUACUGCUCCAAGGGUACUGGUCUGUUUAGUUCUGCAUGUCCCCAUGAGUUGUAAAAACCUGGUGAGGUUACAUCUCAUUUGUUUGCUACCAUUAUUUUAUGAUGUUUGAUGCCACACAGUCUCCAGCAGCUUUCAUUUUAUGAUGAAACAGGAAGUUGCCCAUAGUCUGGUUUGCAGAGCAUGGCGCUGUAAAAAUUACAGCACAUAUACACUAACAAAUGUGCCUGCCCUUGAUAGGUAAUCCUUAUGUCCUUGGUUGGUUGAUUUCAAUGAACUUGUUUGUAUUUUUUAAUUUCUGGAU